AUGAGUUACGAGAAAACGACGUCGUUUAAGAAACAAUCUUUUUUUGAGGUUAGACCAAAAACCCAUGUUUCGCUUCCAUUGAGCUCCGUUCUGGUCACUCGAGUUCCGUACAGUCGUGACAUGAGAGGCUUUGCUUCUUCAGCAUCUAGAGCAGCCGCGGCAGCAACGAAACCUUUUAAAACCCUAAUUUCCUCAGGUAAACCCACAAAUCCUCUCGACCAGCGUUACAUUUCGCAAAUCAUAGUCAGAAAAGACUGGUUUUUGAUCCUGAAGCAGGAAUUCAACGCUCAUCGAAUCGGUUUAAACCCUCGAUUCAUCAUCAGCGUUUUGCAGAAUCAAGAAAACCCAUUACAAUCCCUGAGAUUCUACCUCUGGGUCUCCAACACCGACCCGAUUUACGCUAAGGAUCAGUCUCUGAAGAGCGUUCUAGGGAACGCCUUUUUUCGGAAAGGCCCUUUAUUGCUUUCUAUGGAAUUGCUUAAGGAGAUUAGGGAUUCUGGGUUUCGGAUUAGUGACGAAUUGAUGUGUGUUUUGAUUGGAAGCUGGGGAAGAUUAGGUUUAGCUAAGUACUGUAAUGAUGUUUUUGCGCAGAUAUCGUUUCUUGGAAUGAAACCUAGCACUAGGCUGUAUAACGCUGUGAUUGAUGCGUUGGUGAAGUCUAAUUCGAUUGAUUUGGCUUACCUGAAGUUUCAGCAGAUGCGUAGUGAUGACUGUAAACCGGAUAGGUUUACGUAUAAUAUACUCAUCCAUGGUGUUUGCAAGAAAGGUGUGGUUGAUGAAGCGAUUCGAUUGGUUAAACAGAUGGAAGGAGAAGGGAAUAGGCCCAAUGUGUUCACGUACACGAUUUUGAUUGACGGGUUUUUGAUCGCAGGAAGGGUCGAGGAGGCUUUGAAGCAGUUGGAGACGAUGCGGGCGAGAAAGCUGAAUCCUAAUGAAGCUACAAUAAGAACUUUGGUUCACGGGAUUUUCCGUUGUUUGCCUCCAAGUAAAGCGUUUGAGGUUGUGGUUGGGUUUAUGGAGAAAAACUCAAACUUGCAGAGAGUAGCUUAUGAUACUGUGUUAUGUUGUCUAUCGAGCAACUCAAUGGCUAAAGAGACUGCUCUAUUCUUGAGUACGGUAGGUGAGAGAGGUUAUGUGCCUGAAAGCUCAGUGUUCAAUGCUGUGAUGAAUUGUCUCUUGAAAGGGUAUGAUCUUGCUGAGACGUGUGGGAUAUUUGACGGUUUUGUUAGUCGAGGAGUUAAGCCAGGAUUCAACGGUUAUCUUGUGGUAGUUCAAGCUCUGUUGAAUGCUCAGAGGUUCUCUGAAGGUGACCGGUAUCUGAAACAAAUGAGUGUUGAGGGGCUUAUAUUAAGUGUAUAUGAUUAUAAUGCGGUAAUCGACUGUCUCUGCAAAGCUCGACGGACACAGCGUGCAGCUAUUUUCUUAACAGAUAUGCAGGAUAGAGGUAUAUCUCCGAGUCUCGUAACUUUCAAUACUUUUCUAAGCGGUUACAGCGCAAAGGGCAAUGUAAAGAAGGUUCACGAAGUACUAAAGAAGCUUCUGGACCAUGGUUGCAAGCCAGACGUGAUCACUUUCAGUUCGAUCAUAAACUGUCUUUGCCGUGCAAAGGAAAUCAAAGAUGCAUUUGACUGUUUCAAGGAGAUGUUGGAAUGGGGAAUUGAGCCAAACGAGAUCACAUACAAUAUCCUGAUUCGCUCCUCUUGUUCCACCGGAGAUACAAGUAAAUCAGUGAAAUUGUUUGCGAAGAUGAAAGAAAACGGGUUAAGUCCAGACGUUUAUGCGUACAACGCGGUUAUUCAGAGUUUUUGCAGGAUGAGAAAGAUAGAGAAAGCUGAGGAAUUGCUUAAAACGAUGUUGAAGAUUGGUUUGAAACCAGAUAACUUUACAUACAGCACUCUCAUCAAAGCUCUAAGUGAAUCUGGAAGAGAGAGUGAAGCAAGAGAGAUGUUCAGCUCAAUGGAAAAACAUGGAUGUGUUCCAGAUUCAUAUACUAGACGUCUUGUUGAAGUACUCGACCUGAGACAAAGUAGACUCUCGAGUGAAACCGUGUCAGCCUCAUAG